AUAAGGUUAUCAGUGUGGUUAGGAUUAAGGUUUAACAUCAUAUUUCAAGAAGAGAAAUAGGCGAGGUUUAGCCAUAAUUAUGACUUUUGUGCCUGUGGUAACGAGCGAAGACACAACAUUUUAGUUUUGACCGUCUAGUCUGAGUUACACCUACAGUUGAUAUUUUGUCUCCAGAUUGCGUUGCUGGUUAAUGAUGUAAAAAAUUAACGCUAUUUUAAGUAUCUAACUAAUAUGAGGUAGAUAACUGCAAAACGAGCUUGCUAACUUGGACGCGAACUCUGUAGCCGGCGACGGUGUUUACGGUGGGAUGCAGGUUAGCCAAAUAAUUUAAUCAGAUGAUGGCGUCUGGUUGUUUCACAUGGUGAAACCGUUUUGUUAGUUAAUAAUAAAGCAAUGUGUCAACACGAUUUGCAUUUCUUAGCUAUAGAGGACCGUCGAGCAUCUUUUUGAGAAUCUACGGAGAGGUACUGUUUGGUAUCCAACCUUCUGUCUUGCUGAUCGGGUACCCUGUGUUUUAGGGGGAAGUGCCUUCUAUCAUUUAUGUACGGUCGGGUGGAGGUGGAUGGUUUCACCAUUGAGGAGGGUCAGCAGUCCUACCCGCUGUUCUCCCCCUCCUCACAUUUCCCCCUCACCCUCACAGCACUGGGGGACUCCCCUAACCCCAGCAAGACCAAGAAAGCCAUCUAGUGGCCAAAGCCAUUGUCCGCAAGUACCUCUCAGAGACUCGUAAGAGGCUGUUUAGUGAAGUAGAUUCAGAUUCCAGUGUGAUCCUGCUGGAGCCCCUGGAUACCCCUCUGACGCGGUUCCUCACCAGUUUCCCAGACCUCAACGAGCUGUUUGGACUCAGUUCAAGAGACAUCCGAGACAGCUCAGCCAUGCUGGACACACCGCUCUCUGGCGUUGGCAUGACCCCACUACGGAAAGCAGCCGGAGGCAUGGUGAUGUCACAGACCUACAGGGAGGCUCUCAGCAGCCUGGUUAACGCCUGUGGAGAGGAGCUAGAUGGCUGUCCAGUUAUUCUAGUAUGUGGUGCUAAGAAUGUUGGGAAGUCCACCUUCAACUGUCACCUUAUCAAUACCUUACUAAACCAUGUGUGUGUGUCAUUGUGCGUGUGUGUGCGCAGCACUGCAAGUGUAGAAUACCUGGAGUGUGACCUGGGCCAGACAGAGUUCACUCCCUCAUGUUGUCUCUCCCUAUCUACUGUCAGAGAGCCACUGCUGGGACCCCCCUUCACACACCAGUGGGCCCCAGAGCACAUGAUCUUAUAUGGCCAGUCGUCCUGUGAAACAGACCUGGACCGCUAUCUGGAGUCUCUCAAGUCCCUGUGGCGCUUGUAUAAAGGAGAGACGCCCAUAGUCAUCAACACAAUGGGCUGGGUCAAAGGUUUUGGCUUUCAGUUGCUGGUGGACAUCAUUCGCCUCUGCUCCGUCUCUCACGUGGUGCAGCUCAGUAGUGGGGAUAAAGUAAUGUGCCCCCAACUCACCCCUGAGUUCCUGAGGUCAUCACAUGGCUGGCAGACACACCCUCCUGCCCAGUCAGCCCUGGGGGAGGACAACUCUGGAACCCAUCCUGCCCAGUGGAGUUACACUCUAUUCGGUAUUCACUCAGAGUUUGAAGGAGCGGGGCGCCCGGGCGAAAUGAGACACCAGCGUAGCAACGAGCAGCGUGACCUGGCUCUGCUGGGCUACUUCAGCCAGUUGCAGUCCCCUGAACCAGGCUCCGUCAGACCCCUGCAUGGCUUCACCCCCUACCAGGUUCCCCAUUCAGCAGUGGCUGUGGGUGUGACGCACUGUGAGGUGGCACCAACUCAUGUGCUCUACACUGCCAAUGCCAGUCUGGUGGGGCUGUGCUGUCUGAAUGAGAAGGUAUCAGGCAGGGCAGGCCCAGUUCUGAUCUCCCAAACCCCUGUCUGUCCCUGUGUGGGCUUUGGUGUCCUUCGGGGUGUGGACAUGGCACGUGGACUGUACUUCCUGGUUACACCUGUAGCUCCCUCAGUCCUCCGUCAGGUCAACUGUCUUCUGCUGGGUGCUGUCACACUGCCCAACAUCCUCCUCACAGGGCAGACAGGAAUUGUGGGAGAGACUCCCUACGUCAAAACGGACUACAGCUUUGAGCUAACCGGUGCUGGGAAGAUUCACGUCUUCAAGGGGCUUGCAAGACCUGGCCAGAUGAAUAAAGCAAAAUGAUUGUUUUUGGGCGCAGAGACUAUGGUUUCACAGCAAGAAAUCUGAAUCUUUUUUACCUUCCUUGUUUACUGACUUCAAACACCAAGGCCAGAGUCAAGGCCGUUGAAUGUACAGAACAGAAGAGAAGGUUCAGGAGAUAGGAGGAUUGUGGAGUUGCCGUGAGUGAGUGACUCCAGGCGUUCUUACGCUCCAGACCACUCUUCUGAAGAUGGCUAUGGAUGUGAAGGCCACCUGCUUCUUGUAUGGGUCAAUUGGGUUGACCUUGUUCUUCAAUCACCAUAUUACACUGGUAAAAAGUAGUGCACAAUAAAGGAAUAUUGUGUCAUUUCGUACACAAGCUAGGUUUCCAUCCAAUUGGUGACAGAUUUUCAUGCCAAUAUUCUAAAAUCUGCAUAAAACAAUAUGCACAUUUUCCCACCAGAGAUGUGUUUCCAUCAAACAGACUUAUUGCGUAUAAAAGCAAGGCUGUGUGUGAUGAUCAGUGGCGAUUUUAGUUUGUAAAUCUUGGUGGGGCAUGCCAGUAAAGCCACUACACAACACUAAA